AUGGCAGUUCUUGCGCAGACACUUGGAUUUGAUUCUCCGCAAAUCAGGGAGCUCAUUGCUCAAUCUCCUGACUGUCAGAUCGCACAUGCUGCACUGGUUAAAGCCCGGAAGCCCGAUCGAUACCGGUAUAACAGUGACAUGCUUGAUAUAAUUAUUGACCAAAUUGUGGACUGCUUUCGCUUAGCUGUUCCUCUUGAUCACCAGCCUUCAAGCGAAUACAUUGACGAUCAUCAGUACAUCUUCUUCAACCAGCUCCACAACAAUAAAGCCUCGGCCAUCUGUAGAGCUUCUGCCUUUUUUGUAAGAAGAUGCGUCUAUUUCGCCUUCUUUGGAAAGUUAGCGGGUGGCUCACUGGAUUCUUUAAUGAGCAUCAAGAGUUCUCCUCCUGGAUCUAUUUCGCCAUCAUCGCUGCUAUUCGUCGGCCAGUCUCCAUUUGGGGAGUCGAGGCAUAACGCCUUCCCUGAUGCCAGUCUCCAUAUCAGCGGAGAAGUAGGUCAGCGUCGCGAAACAGCAAGGGAGGAGCGGCGCCGUCAGAAGCGGGCAGAAAAACAACGGCGGAGGGAAGAAUGA